CCGCCCACGAGGAAGUGGCUGCGGCGCGGCGCGGGGCCCAGAGCCGGUUCGGCGCGUCGACUGCCCAGAGUCCGCGGCCGGGGCGCCCCGAGGAGCUGAGCAGUCAUGGCUUACCACAGCUUCCUCGUGGAGCCCAUCAGCUGUCACGCCUGGAACAAGGACCGCACCCAGAUUGCCAUCUGCCCCAACAACCACGAGGUACACAUCUAUGAGAAGAGCGGGGCCAAGUGGGUCAAGGUGCACGAGCUCAAGGAGCACAAUGGACAGGUGACAGGCAUCGACUGGGCCCCCGAGAGUAACCGGAUUGUGACCUGCGGCACAGACCGCAACGCCUACGUGUGGACGCUGAAGGGCCGCACGUGGAAGCCCACGCUGGUCAUCCUGCGGAUCAACCGGGCUGCUCGCUGUGUGCGCUGGGCCCCCAACGAGAACAAGUUCGCUGUGGGGAGUGGUUCCCGUGUCAUCUCCAUCUGCUAUUUUGAGCAGGAAAAUGACUGGUGGGUGUGCAAGCACAUCAAGAAGCCCAUCCGCUCCACGGUCCUCAGCCUGGACUGGCACCCCAACAACGUGCUCCUGGCCGCAGGCUCCUGUGACUUCAAGUGCCGGAUCUUCUCAGCCUACAUCAAGGAGGUAGAGGAGCGUCCAGCACCCACCCCGUGGGGCUCCAAGAUGCCAUUUGGGGAGCUCAUGUUUGAGUCCAGCAGUAGCUGUGGCUGGGUGCAUGGCGUCUGCUUUUCAGCCAGUGGCAGCCGCGUGGCCUGGGUCAGCCACGACAGCACUGUGUGCCUGGCCGAUGCCGACAAGAAAAUGGCCGUGGCAACUCUGGCCUCUGAAACGCUGCCGCUGCUGGCCCUGACCUUCAUCACUGAGAACAGUCUGGUGGCAGCGGGCCACGACUGUUUCCCGGUGCUGUUUACCUACGACAGUGCCACGGGGACGCUAAGCUUCGGUGGGCGGCUGGAUGUGCCCAAGCAAAGCUCGCAGCGUGGCUUGACGGCCCGCCAGCGCUUCCAGAACCUGGACAAGAAGGCGAGCUCAGAGGGCGGUGCGGCCGCAGGCUCGGGCCUGGACUCGCUGCACAAGAACAGUGUGAGCCAGAUCUCGGUGCUCACCGGAGGAAAGGCCAAGUGCUCCCAGUUCUGCACCACGGGCAUGGAUGGCGGCAUGAGCAUCUGGGACGUGAAGAGCUUGGAAUCAGCCUUGAAGGACCUCAAGAUCAAAUGACCUGUGAGAAAUAUGUUGCCCUCAUCUCAACUGCUGGGGGGAGGGGGUCAGGGAGGCUAAGGGUUGCUGUGCUGAACGUUUCUAGGGUACCAGUUUGGGUCCCCAUGGGGACUGCUCCAUCCAGAGGGGAGGGACGGGGUGGGAAGCUUUUCUUACCUAUUGAAGGAACACGUGCCUUUUUCUUAAAGAAAUGCUUUCAUUUAGUGUGAAAAACAAAUGUUCCCAAAGCACGGUGCUGGUCAUGAACUGCUUCAAAAACAUGGAGGGAAUAAAAAAGCAAUCACAGACCUGGUCUCUGUGUCUGGGAGAAGUUCAUUUUCACAAGGGCUCAGGUAGCUUAUUUUUCCUUGUCAGCAAAAUUGAUCUUUAAACCCAAGGGCCUUCCCCUAAAUGGUUCCUUUCCCUGCAGUCCAGCCAGGGGGCUGCCAGAAGCAGGUGUCCGUCCCAUCAUUCAGUAGCCUGAUUCCCAGACCAGCGGUUGCACAUUUUAGCUGGUUCUGGGCUUUAAUGGGAAAGUAUUUCUCUACUCGAUGCUGGCAGUUGAUUUUUGAUACAUGCACAUGAUUUCCUGAGACAGUUUUUCCCCCAUUCCUGUUUCACUCAGAGCGCCUAUUUAACGUGUGCUUCUUAGUGUCCUAUUCACGGUUUUUUCUUAGUCUAGUUGGGUAACAUGAUUUACAUCAACAGAUCAGAACUGUGAACUCCCCCUUACAUUUGCAUAAAAAUGGUACCUCAAGAUGCCUUCUCUCAAACUGUUGUAGGCCCGUCCCUCAAGAGAGCCGCCUCAGUCGCAAGAGGCCCACAGAUCCUUCUUUAAAUCACAAUGAGACGGGCCACACAACUCCUCUUAUUGUCUAUGAAAUGCAGUGCCAAGGUCCACCCAGCCAGUACCAGCCCUCUGCAAAGUGAGCUUCUGGUCCUGACUCAACUGUUGUCAGGCACCGGAAGGCUAGGGAGAUAUUCGCAUACGUUUUUCUACAGCUCAGCUCGGGGCUGGAAACAUGGCCCCAGGGUAUCAGUGUUGUUCCGAGACCCCGAGGAACAGGCCCCCCCUUACUCUUAGAGAAAGAUGAACGGCAAACAGGCUCUUGUUUGGCCACCGAGGCCUCAAGCAGAGGCUUCACAGUGUCAACCGUCUGCCCUCAUUACAGACAAGUCUUGGCUUAAAGCUGACAGGCUUGGGGUGCCUGGGUGGCUCAGUUAAGCGUCAGACUCUUCAUUUCUGACAGCGUAGAGCGUGCUAGCGAUUCUUUCUCUUCCUCUCUCUCUCUCUGCCCCACCCCUGCUCAAGUGCUCUUUCUCACAAAACA